CAUCCACUCGCCUCUCUCUCAUCAUCAUCCACUCGCCUCUCUCCUCCUCUCCUCAUCCACUUGCCUCUCUCAUCAUCCUCUCGCCUCCUCCUCUCUCCACCGCCUAGACAAUAGCGAACUACUCAAGCAAGUGGUCGCUCCGUUGGCGUCUUAAGUAUCCGACCAAACGGACCGACUAAUUGAGUUGAGCAAGCCAGUGAUUAAUUAAAGAGAGAGAGAUAGUCUGACAGAGCGACUCUCUGACUGAAGAAAGACAAACUCGCAGACUGACAAAGACAGAGGGCAGACACGCUGGGAGACAGACAGCCGGGACACAUGGCUUCCACUGUGAGCCUGGCUGAGCUCGCCGAUCUGGCCGUGGGCUCCCCGCAGGCGGGAUGCGUGGACUUCACUGCCCUCCACCGCCUGCUGCGGGCGCUGCUGGCCCAGCUGCACCUGCAGGAGGUGCGGGUGGGCGAGCCCCUGCUGCGUGUGCCGCCCCAAGACGGCGGCCCAACGCAGCAGCGGCAGCAGCGCGAGGGGAAUCCCGCAGGUUCGACUCCACUCCCUGCACAGCCCAGCAGCAAGACCCCCGGGGCCCUGGAGGAGAGAGUCCACGGGCUGGAGAGGCGACUCGACGUGUUGGACGCGCUGCCUGACCUACCCGAGCUGCUGGAUGGGUCCAAGCGAGGAGGAGGAGGAGGUGGUGGCGGUGGGGGCAUCGGAGGAGGUGGCGCUGCGAGUGGAGGCGGGCGCCCAGGGCCCGUGAGGGACAUGUGGCAGCUGCUGCAGAUCAACAAGCGUCUGGAGGCCAACGAGACGGCUGUGAGCAAGGCGAUGUCCCUCUUGCAAGAGCUGCUGGAUGACAUUAACAGCCUCAAGUCAGCCAAAGAAGUUAUGUUGGAGAACAUCCGAAACCUGCGAGAUCAGCAAGAAUCAAUAAAUGCAAACGAAUUAAAGGAGCGGAUGGCUGCUGUGGAGGCUUACAAGACGAGGAUAGAUGAGCUUGAUAGAAAUUUGAGAGAGCAACAAAACAAACUUGGCCUUCUGCCAAGCCCAGAGGAGUUCAGAAAUUGCAUCACGUACAAAUUCCUCCAGGAGACCUUGAUCCCAAAGGGUGGCACGUUACAGGAGGCGCAUGCCACUGAGAUUCAACCGCAGCACAAAGAGGCGGCGCAGGCUCUCAGGGUGAUUGGGCAGCUUCCCAGGCUCCACGGGGCUCUGGAGAUCCGCGUGGAGGCCCUGGAGGCUGAUUUGCAAUCAGUCCCCAACAAGAGUGAGAUGGAGGCGUUGAAGCGGCAAUUGGAAGACCUCGCUUCAAAAAACAUCCCAGACAACCUCCUGCAGCAGCUGAAGGCUCUGGCAGAGGACCUCGGCAAACUGAACGGAGAAAAGGCAAAGGACGCAGAGGCCCUUCGACUGCUGCAGGCGGCCUUACGGCAGCUGCAGGCCGACUGCGAACGGCUCGACAGCACCACGGCCCUACUGGAGGAAGACAAGGCUCAAAAACAGCGGCACGUCAAUAGAUUGUUUGAGCUUGUGGAACAGCUGGAGGAGAAGAAGGCAGAUAAACAGCAUGUGGAAAUGGAAAUUGAUGUGAAAGCGGACAAGCUGGCGCUGGACGGGAAGGUGAGCCGCGCGCAGUUCGACGAGACGGCCGAGCGGCUGGGCGCCAUGGUGCAGGAGCUGCUGAGCAAGCUGGCGCUGCACGAACACGACUGGGUGAAGACGCUGGAGCGCCUCACGCAGGAGAUGGACUCCAAGCUGGACCGGAUGGAUCUGGAUCCGCUCAAGAAGCAGCUCGAGGACCGCUGGAGGGCCUUCAAGAAGCACCUCCAGGAAGGGCCCAGGAUCGAGGCUGAUGAUGCCGCUGCCUUCCGCAAGCAGCUGGUGGCAAGGUUCAACUGUCUCUCCUGUGACCGGCCAGUGGAUUUGAUGCCAGGACCGCAUAUCAUCACCUUACCAGCUACGCAAGGGUUUCCGCCGAGCCGAUCCGUCCGGCCUUACACAGUCUACGACGUGGGACACAUCCGUCACAAUGCCAAGAGUGAGAAGGAGCUCGCCGAGUAUGCCUACUGGGCGUCAGCGCGACCUUGCGGGGGCAGCCACACGAUGACGUACACGGCCCGCCGAUUCAACAAAGCUCAGAACCUCAACCAGGUGUACCUGUCCCAGUCGGUGGACAAACAGCAGGCCUACACGAAGAAAGGGGUCGACAUCAUGGGCUUGAAUGGGCAGAUUUACAAGGGAAGGGCUUCCGGUCGCCUCCCUGAUCUCCAGCCUGCUCAGCCCACCGAGGACUUUACCACUGUUGAAGACGACGCGAGCGUCCAGAUGGCGUACAGAGGAAGCCGGAGCACAGUACAGCGGAGGAACAGCGGCGGAGCGGAAGUGCGGGCCGUACCCACGCGGCCCCAGAGCGCUCGCCUGCCGCCGAGGGCACGGGCAGUUUCGGCGCGGCCCUCGGCCCGCGAGCGGCCGACCACCUCCCUGGGUCGCUUGAGCGGCGAGCGGCAGGCAAGCGCGGCCACGCUCCUAAUGCAGCCGGCCGCUACCACCGCCGCCGCCACCUCCUCACUCGCGCAGCACCGGCAGCAGCAGCAGGACCACCAAGUUGACGGAGCCUCCAUCGCGGUCAGCAUCCCCGCCGCACCAGCCGAGCCGCCAGGCUCGCCCGACACCUUGCAGCAGCAGCAGCUUGUGUAAGCGAUGAGCGGGCGGGAGCCAACGACAUCGUCCCUUCACGCUGGUUGCAAUGUUGUGAGCGGUGAAAUCCACUCGCUGUCAUUGUACUCCAGAGCAGGUAUUGGAGAUUCACAAUGGUCAGCAACGUCGAUGAUCGGAGGCUCUAAAUGCACGUCUUUUCAAAGCGGGUCAUUCGAGUUAGCAAGGAAUAACGUGAAGUGGCUUCCAGUGUGAUACAAACAUAGAAAAUAAUUCUUAUUAAAAAUUAAGGCAUUUCCAUAUCUGUAACUUUUUCUCCCAAAGUGGAACAUAGCCAUAGAAGAGAAAUCUAUUUCUGAUGAAAUACAAAUGAAUACAGCUGCUGUUUUGUAACUGUAGAAUAACUUGUGAAAGAGUCAAAAUCACGCGAUUUGAUUCUUGCAGGCAGAUGCCUCAACAAGAAGGGUCACAGCACAAAAGGCCAUAGAUGAUUAUAGUUCAUAUAGUUUAUAUCGUUUAUAUUAUAGAGAAGGGUCAAAGCACGAAGGCCUGGUAAUAAUUAUAGUUUGAGAGCCUCAAUCAAAGUAGAGCAGCAUAAUUUAUUUCAAAUAAGAAGUGUAAUGCCUGUCGACCAAAGUAAGAACCACUAAAUACAGUUUCAUUGCAUUCACCGUCUGAAUGGUAUUGCGAGCCAAGGACGCCAAGUGGCACGUUACAUGAUGGUGUUGGGUAAAACCGUUGAAAAAAGCCGGCAUCUCCGUGUCGGGUCACUAAAUGUCACAGUCGGCGCAGCCUUUUGCCGUGUUUGUGUUGAUGAGCGUGUCCGUUCAUCCAGCAAGUUCCUCAACUUAAAGGGCUCGACGUGUCUGUGCGCACGCAAGCCACGAUCAGUCAUUACAAGGCAAAGUCCCAACCAGAGAGGAUGAACCCAACUGACAAGCGGCAAUAUUUCCACGUGGAGCGGUGUCUGAUCCCAGCAAAGGGGACAUUGCCCGUGCGAGGUGUAAUCUGGUGUAUGUACGUAUGUGUACGUUGAACUUCUUUCGCACCGUACGGUGGCAACCGUGCUAAUCGGAGGUGCGGGGGAAGGACAACAAACUAGACACGAAAGAGCGUUCCAGACGAUCGCAGAAGCGCAUCUGGAAGCGCCGCGCGAUGCGGUGGCCAUGUUUGUUCGAUGGCAGCAGCCAGAAGCUGCUGCAAGGACGAUCGGAGUUUGCGUGACGUGCUGGUUACUCCAACUACAUUUGUGAAGUAUUUAUAUAAUGGGAUACAUCAACUUGAAUUUUAUGAAAUAAACAUUUUAAUAUGUUUAUGUGAUGAAAGAAAACUACGAAGUGCCUAAAGGUGUCUUGAAAAAGCCAAUAUGCUGUCGUGUGUAUACUGUCAUUGUAAACGAGUAUUUUACUUUGUAUAAUUUAUGGUGGCAAAAAGUUAAUUCCCAUAUUCACGUGUAAGGAAAAAAAUAUAUAACAUACAUUUUUACAUAAUCUAAAAGUAGUUUUCUUUUAAUCGUUUCCCACCCCCAUAUUGUGAUGUUUUUGAAGCUUUUUUACAUCCAAUUGUAUGUCGAUACACAUUCGAGAGCAUAAUGCACUUUAUGGUGAUGUAUCAAAAUAGAGUUUUCACGCUUUACCCACAUCGGUAUUCGAUUUCCUUUCGUGUGUAUAGGAUGCAGUACUUCAUGGAUAUGUUACUGAUAAGCACGUCUUUAAAGUAGUGUUUUUGUUCGCUAUGGAGUCUCCUACCAAAGCAACGUCCAGCGGUCUGUCCGCUGUGAUUGGUGAAUCUACACAAUGAUUGCACGGUUUCACUAGGGAAGGGGGGGAUUGCAGUAAAUUAUCUCAUUGUCGGUGGUAUUGCACAGAUGUACAACAGCUCUCACAGUGCUGCAUGCAGUGUGGUACUGAAGGCGGCAGUCAUAGUCUUCUUAAGUCUUCGUCGAGUAGGCAACAACCUAUGGAAUUAAAGUAUCGUCCUAGUCGUUCAAAUAAUACAUUCUCACUAAUUGAAAACGGGACACUUCAGAACCAUAAUAUUUAUACUGCAGGAGGAAUCCGAUGAGCUAUACAGAUUUUUUUACAGAUGUCCAGUAGGGGCGGGUAAGAACGUUAGAACGACAAACAAUAAAAAAAUAACACGAUCGUAGUGCAAAGUACAAGAAAUGUAAACAAAUCACCCAAACACAAAAACAACACUAAACCAUCGCCAUCCUAUGUGGCAAAGCCCACUCAGGUAUUACAUUAUUUUUCAGAAGCGACCUGGCCACAAAUGAUAGCUCAACAAAGUGGCUUAUCAUUUGGACAUUUAAAUCAGCAAAUCAAUCUAAAUAAUCUCAAUGAAUUCUUAGUCCCAUAUAAAAAGAAUGCUACAACACGUGGACACGUGUUAGUCAGCAUUUUUGGUUUCAUGAAAUCCUAAGAUUUGACUUGAGAUUUGACUAAGAUUUCCACAGGUUGUCACAGACUCGACGAAAACUCAAGACAGUACACAUCUGACGUCACUUGGGUCUACACGAUACUCAACAGUACACAUUUGACGUCCCUUGGGUCUACACGAUUUAACUCGGUUUUGUUUGACAUUUUAGUUUGAGGAUAUACACGUUUACAAAUUGGAAUGUUUUACCUUUAUUUGUUGAAGUUGAUUAAAGCCGAAUCAAUUUUC